AUGUUAGCCUCUACUGAGAAACAACUCAUGAAGAAUCCAGAUCAUGUGAAAGGAUACCAACAACAGAUGGAAGAAAUGGAAAAACUUGGAUUCUCCAGAAAACUGACAGAUGAAGAAAUUGCCAAGUAUAAGGGACCUGUAUGCUAUAUACCACACCACGCAGUUAUCCGACCAGAGAAAAAAUCAACACCGGUAAGGAUUGUCUUUAAUUCAUCCGCUAAAUUCCAUGGCCAGUCCCUUAAUGAGUUUUGGGAGAAAGGACCUGACCUUCUGAACAGUCUAUUUGGAGUGUUACUGCGGUUUAGACAACAGAAGAUUGCAUUAGCUGCCGACAUUUCCAAAAUGUAUCAUCGUAUAGCGAUUCCUGAAACAGAUCAGCAUGUUCACAGAUUCUUGUGGCGUGACUUUGACCAACGCAAGAAACCAGACAUCUAUGUGAAAACCAAUGUAACGUUCGGUGACAAGCCUGCCCCAGCGAUGGCUCAAGUUGCAUUACGAAAAACGGCCAAGGUGAAUGAAGAAACCUACCCGGCAGCCGCUAAAAUUAUUGAAAACGACAGCUACAUGGAUGACAUACUGACUUCUGUACCAGAUGUGAACACAGCCGAGAGUUUAACCAAAGAAAUAUACACUGUUCUAGCAAGUGGAGGGUUUAAGGUAAAAGAAUGGGUAUCGAAUGGAAAACCUACCAAUCCAGACAUUAACCAGCAACCCGACAACGAACCUGUGACUGAUUCAUCUGAACAGAAAGUGUUAGGUGUACAACGAGGGUAUGGUUGGGAUGAUGAUUUAGCUGAAGUUGAGAAAGCUGAAUGGAGAAAGUUUUUCAAAGAACUGCAAGAAUUAGAUGGUACUUCAUUCCCGAGAUGUUUAUUACCAGUCCAUUCAAGUAAAGCAGCUGAACUGAUUAUUUUCUGUGACGCCUCAGAAGAUGCAUUCGGCACAGUAGCAUACACGAGAUGGGAAGACUUUAAUGGUGAUGUUGGAGUAAGAUUCAUUUCAGCCAAGUCCCGAGUAGCUCCAGUAAAACACCUAUCUAUGCCUCGUUUAGAGUUACAAGCCGCUGUUAUGGCAUCGAGACUGUAUGCUACGCUUAAGGAAGAGAUGUCUCUGAAAUUUGAUAGAGUUAUAUUCUUUUCGGACAGUAUCAUCGCUUUCUCAUGGAUACGUGGUCAGUCUAGACUCUACAGGUCAUUUGUUGCUAACAGAGUUGCUGAAAUUCAGAACCAAACCGAUCCGGCAGACUGGCGUCAUAUACCUGGAGAACAUAACAUUGCCGACCAAGCGUCCAGAGGGAUUAAAGUCAAAGAUUUGGAACAUGACUGGAAGAAUGGACCUGCUUUUCUGAAGCUUCCAGACGAACAAUGGCCGAAAUCUAUUCCGAAGGCAGAUGUCAAAGAACUUGACAAAAAAAAGAAGAAGUAG